AUGUAUCUGAACAUGUCAGAAGAAAUAAAUGGCUAUCACUUCUAUGACGACGUUGGAACUUUAAGCAACAAUCGAAAAAGACGUUUAGGGGCAAAUGUGUACAGAGUUGUUGCCGUGAGCUUUGGACUCCUGUGUAUCUUACAAGCUGCUCUCAACAUUUCACUGCGUCUGACUCUCUAUGGCUCUGAAGAUGGAACAUCCCAUACUGAGGCCAUUUUUAAAAACGUGACCAAAGAGAGGGGCGAGUUGAAGAGAAAGCUGGCCAUCUUCACUGAAUAUUCUCGUCAAGGAUGGGUGUAUUUCAACAACAGUUUCUAUUACAUUUCUUCACAAAAGGAAUCCUGGCAAGAAAGCAGGAUUGACUGUCAGCAGAGAGGAGCAGACCUAGUGAUUAUCAACAGCAAAGAAGAACAGGAAUUCACAAGGCGCUUUCGGAGGCUCAUUUGGAUUGGACUGACUGAUCGAGACAAGGAGGGAACGUGGAAAUGGGUGGAUGGGACUCCGCUGACCACAAGCUACUGGGGCACGAAUGAGCCUAACAGUCAUAAAGGCAGUGAUGAAGACUGUGGAGAAAUAAAGUUCUUUGACAAUGAAAACAGCUGGAAUGAUAAACCAUGUGAAACUCAAAAUAUCUGGAUCUGUGAAAAGACAGUGGAUCUGUAA